AUGGGUCGCACCAAGAGAGCCCAGAUGACCCCCUCCAUGCCGAGAACACAGGGGAACAGUUCGCACCCCUCCAUCCGCAGCUACUUACACACGCCAGGAGAUUUCCUCUCCCAGGAGGAGGCCUCCAAUAUGGCGCCCUCCUCCCUGAGCUCCACGCUGUCGGAGGAGUACCAGCGCACCGAAAGUGGCUGGCCGGCCCCACAGACACCAGACUGGUACAUACUGUUUACAUCCCUGCCGAAAAAGGAGGACUUCCAGUCACUGCUAGAUGAG